AUGGUUUCAAGAAAUGACACCGCGGUUGCAGAAUUUAUUCUUCUUGGACUGUCUAGUGAUUCGAAGACUCAAGUUAUUCUUUUUUUUAUCAUUAUGGUUGGGUAUUUGAUCAUUUUGAAUGGAAACAUUCUUAUCAUUAUUCUAAUUUUAACAGACAUCAAUCUUCAUAAACCUAUGUAUUUCUUUCUUUCAAACCUUUCUUUUUUGGAUCUCUGUUUUUCAACUUCGAUCAUUCCAAGGAUGCUGAGAGAUUUGGUGUCAGUAAAAAAGACAAUCUCUUAUGCAGAAUGUGCAACACAGCUGUACAUGUCUCUCUCCUUAGGGCAAACUGAGUGUAUUCUGCUGUCCAUAAUGGCAUAUGAUCGUUAUGUAGCUAUAUGUUUUGCAUUACACUACACUACCAUCAUGAGUAAGAGUAUCUGUUUUAGAAUAGCUGCUAUCACGUGGAUAUGUGGUUUCCUUUUUCCUAUUUCACAAGUGGCAUUUACUCUCAAUGUAAAUCUUUGUGGAAAAAAUAAAAUAAAUCAUUUUCUAUGUGAAGUACCAGAAAUCUUAUCUAUGGCUUGUGAAAAUACUAUCUUCAUUGAAUGCAUUACUUUUGCAGUUGGUGUGGUUAUUCUUAUGAUACCCGUCACAUUUAUUGUAGUGUCAUAUAUUAAAAUUAUCUCAAGUAUCCUUAAAAUUGCAUCAUCAGCUGGACAAAGGAAAGCCUUUUCUACAUGUGGAUCUCAUAUGAUAGUUGUAAUAAUAUUUUAUGGUUCAGCGACAGCUGCCUACAUGAAACCUAGAUCGAGUUCAACACCAGACACAGACAAAGUGAUUGCCAUCUUUUAUGUCAUAGUAACACCGAUGUUAAAUCCUAUCAUUUAUACUCUUAGAAAUAAUGACGUUAAAUCUGCAUUUCUAAAGUUCAGACGUAGAUAUUCUUCCUGCUGAUAAUAUAAAAAGUAUCUAUAUAGUUUUAAGAUGAUUGUUGUCUCAUUCUUCAUAUU